CUCUGGCAGGCUAAAGCUAGCAGCGUCCGCCGAGUUAGUUCACUCGGCCAGGGGAGUGGAUUCAAGUUGAGAUGCCGCGGUGUCUGACGGCCCAGCAACAACCGCCUCGAGAAGAAGACCCGAAGGAGAACUGAGCGGAGAUGGAUAAUAGUGACGCGUAUUUACACCUCAAUUCGUCUGGGGCCCUUAAUUCAUCCCCCUCUCAGCCUCCACCAAUGGGCUCCAUGAUGGGCCACCCGUCAGUGAUCAGCUCCUCGCGGCCCCUCCCCUCAGACAUGGGCCCAUUGGGCUCUCCAAUCAACGGCCUGGCCUCGCCCUACUCGGUCAUCACCUCUUCCAUGGGCUCUCCAUCAGUCUCACUGCCCUCCACACCUGGCAUGGGCUUCAGCACCCUCAACAGCCCGCAGAUGAACUCUCUGAGCAGUGUGAGCAGCUCAGAGGAUGUUAAACCUCCUCCUGGUCUGCCGCCGCUUGGCUACCAGUGCACCAGCCCUGGAUCCAUGUCCAAACACAUCUGCGCCAUCUGUGGAGACCGCUCCUCAGGAAAACACUACGGCGUGUACAGCUGUGAAGGCUGUAAAGGCUUCUUCAAGAGGACCAUCCGGAAAGACCUGACCUACACGUGUCGAGACAGCAAGGAGUGCCUGAUCGACAAGCGGCAGCGCAACCGCUGCCAGUACUGCCGCUACCAGAAGUGCCUGGCUAUGGGCAUGAAGAGGGAAGCGGUUCAGGAAGAGAGGCAGCGUGGGAGGGAGAAGAGCGAUAACGAGGUGGAGUCGACAAGCACUUUUAAUGAAGAAAUGCCAGUGGAGAAGAUCCUUGAUGCGGAGCUCGCGGUAGAACCCAAAACAGAAACACAGACGGACGGCAGUCCCGGCAACUCUACAAACGACCCGGUCACUAAUAUCUGCCAGGCAGCAGACAAACAGCUCUUCACACUGGUAGAAUGGGCAAAAAGGAUACCGCACUUCUCUGAACUGCCCCUGGAUGAUCAGGUCAUUCUGCUGCGGGCAGGUUGGAACGAGCUGCUCAUCGCUUCGUUCUCGCACCGCUCAGUCACAGUGAAGGAUGGCAUCCUGCUGGCCACUGGCCUCCACGUACACCGCAGCAGCGCCCAUAGUGCAGGUGUGGGCUCCAUUUUCGACAGGGUGCUGACUGAGCUGGUGUCUAAGAUGAAGGACAUGCAGAUGGAUAAGACAGAGCUGGGCUGCCUGAGAGCCAUUGUCCUGUUUAACCCAGAUGCCAAAGGCCUCUCUAACCCAUCUGAGGUGGAGCGGCUCAGGGAGAAGGUCUACGCCUCUCUGGAGUCCUACACCAAGCAGAAAUACCCCGACCAACCCGGCAGGUUCGCUAAGCUCUUAUUGCGCCUCCCCGCGCUGCGCUCCAUCGGUCUGAAGUGUCUGGAGCACCUCUUCUUCUUCAAGCUGAUCGGAGACACGCCCAUAGACACCUUCCUCAUGGAGAUGCUGGAAGCGCCCCACCAGAUCACAUGACACAAGCCCCGCCCCCCCACUGCCACUUCUUUUGUACAUACACCCAUGUAAUAAUAAUUGAUAUAACUUUGAUGAACUUGAUCGAGGAUGUAAGCUACGUAUUUUGUACCAAGCACAAAUUAUUUACUGAUGUGAGAAAUUUGUAGGGGGGGGG